AUGGGGAGCAGCGGUGCCGGGGUUGCGUUGCUGACGCUGUCGCUGCUCCUGCAGCCCACAUCCCAGUUCUGGCUCUUCAACGUCCUCUUUCCACCCACCACCACCCCAGAAGCUCCCCCGACCAACAGCACGCCACCCGUGGUACUUGUGCCCGGGUGUCUCGGGAACCAGCUGGAAGCGAAGCUGGACAAGCCGGACGUGGUGAAUUGGAUGUGCUACCGCAAAACGGAGGACUAUUUCACCAUCUGGCUCAACCUCAACACCUUUCUGCCAGUGGGAGUUGACUGCUGGAUCGAUAACACCAGGGUGGUGUACAACCGAACCUCUCGGAAAAUGUCCAAUGCCCCGGGGGUGCACAUCCGCGUGCCUGGCUUCGGCAAGACCUAUUCCGUAGAAUACCUGGAUCAGAGCAAGCUGGCAGGUUACCUGCACACCCUGGUGCAGAACCUGGUGAACAACGGCUACGUGAGGGACCAGACCGUUCGGGCAGCCCCCUAUGACUGGAGGGUUGGGCCCCAGGAGCAGCCCGAAUAUUUCCAGAACCUGAAGGCACUGAUCGAGGAGAUGCACGAUGAGUACCAGCGACGCGUCUUCCUCAUCGCACAUAGCAUGGGCAACCUGAACGUCCUCUACUUCUUGGUACAGCAGACGCAAGCCUGGAAAGAUCAGUACAUCGGGGGUUUCAUCUCCCUGGGUGCCCCCUGGGGAGGGUCCGUCAAGCCGAUGCGUGUCCUGGCAUCCGGUGACAACCAGGGCAUCCCGCUCAUGUCCAACAUCAAGCUGCGUGAAGAGCGGCGCAUGACCACCACCAGCCCCUGGAUGUUCCCAACGAGCCUGGCCUGGCCCGAGACCCACGUUUUUAUCUCCACGCCCUCCUACAACUACACCUACCGGGACUACCAACGCUUCUUCACCGACGUCAACUUGGAGGAUGGCUGGUACAUGUGGGAGGACAUGAAGGACUUGCUGAAGGACUUACCCCCUCCUGGGGUGGAUAUGUAUUGCCUCUAUGGCACAGGCCACCCAACUGCGGAGACUUACAUAUAUGACGAGCGUUUCCCUUACGAGGACCCCGUGGACAUGAUUUAUGGUGACGGGGACAACACCAUCAACGCGCGCAGUUUGGAGUUGUGCAAGCGAUGGCGCGACCAGCAAAAGCAGAAGGUGUACGUCCAGGAGCUGCCAGGCAUUGACCACUUCAACAUGGUCUUCAGCAACCUGACGCUCAGUUCCAUCAACGAAAUCUUGCUGGGGAGCCCCCAGGAGCAGGGGGAGCCGGGGCAGGUGAGAUCCAGCCCAGAGGCAGGGAAGGGGCGGAAGAUCCUACCAGGACGCAAGGGCCUUAAGGAGCCCAAAAAGAACUGAAAGGAAUGAGGGCCAGCUUUCCUCCGUGCUGGUAGCCACCACAAGCUGCCACGCGGGACUUGGAGCUGAGUAUGGAAAGAAAAGGAGCAAGACCAACAGCUCAGGUGGAUGGGCCGGCACCCACUUCCACACUGAUUGGUUUUUCUUUCGGGAACGGCGAUUAAUUAUACUUCAGAGGCUUGUCACUUCCCACUAGCGGGUGGAUAAUUAACCACGCUGCCAGCUCAUUAACAUCACACUUGUGAAUUACGGCAUACGCGCAAGCCCUCGUCGCUAGCAAGCCACGUUUAGGACCGUAGAGGCUGUGGAGCCCGCGGUGCCGUAGCCUCUGCUCACUUGGGACAGAGCAACUCGCGUAACGAGCGCGGGCUCUGACUUACCGGGGUGGUCACAGGG